UUUAUAUAUACAGAAUUUUACAGUAUAUAUACUGAAUAGUAAAAAUUGAAGAAUUUUACUGUAUAUUUGUAAAAUUUAAAGAGAAAUGUAUCAUGAUAUAGUCCAGCUUUAGUUCCCACUUACUUAUUGUACUGUACAUUCUAAUGAUAAAGUGAGCAGAACAUGUUAAAAAAAGAACUCUAAAAAAAUAGGAAACUUUAAUAUAUAAUGUAUUUAGUUUUUUAGUAAGAUCUUAAAUUUUUGUACAAAUAAAUUAUAUUCCAACUGAAGGGGCCCAAAAUAUUGGACAACAAAGAAAAAUAAAUGGAAUUUUGUUGGUGAUUGUACUCUGUCUUGAGUUUAAUAUGACUAUAUGAUGUCUGGUUUUGGAAAAUCUGAAGUACUUUAUAAAUCAAAGAAAUCUUGGCUUAUAACAAGAAUUGUGUAUGCUUGUCAUGACUGGUUUUGUGCUGGCUGAAAUUUCCUUCUUGGUCUUUUGCCACUUUUGCAGAUCUGCCGAAGUGACUCCUCUGCGUAACUUUGCUCGGGCAGACUCGUUUAUCUGAGUUUUUGUUUUAAGCCAUCAGCUUUCUUUUGUAAGUCUGCUGUCGUCCUUUAAAGAGAUUAAACUUUUGGUAGUAACAUCUCGCAGGAUGAAUGAUUCAUUCAUUGUAGCAAUUAAAAGAGUCCAUCAACAAAAUAUAGAACCCAUUUUUAAUGAAAAAAGUUGGGUUUCUUUGAGCACAAACAAUUAUUGUGCUGUUUUCUAAAUAACAUUUUAAAAAUUUUUUGGUGUUUACUGUGUUUAUUUUGUGUGUACUUAGACAAACCUGUAUAACAGUUCUACUACUACUAAAGGCUACACAUAACACAGUGAUCAGUAUUUACAUAUCUAAACAUGGAAAAGGUACUACAGAUAGUUAUGAAUUUUUUGGCUCCUUUAUAAUCUUAUAGAAUCUCUGUUGAGUGGCACACACCCGUGCAGGAGAGAAAAACACAAAGGAAAUUAACACAUUAUUUUGCAAAAAAUUGUAACAUUUUAUCUAAAAUGUGAUGAGAAUGCAUAAUUUAACAGUAUAUAAAAGAUAUAAUUUACAUAAGUUUAAUGUAGAUUAAUUAUAAAAAUUUAUGAUAAUUUUUUUCUCCUGCAGUUUUACUCCACAGCCUGUAGAUAAAUGAAUCCUUCUAUAGUCGUAAAUUAUCACUCCACAUGACAAUUAUCAUACGGUCAAAGGUAAUUAUGCAAUCAAUGUUACAAAUACAAACGACAUUAAGAUUGUUGAGUGCAAUAAAAACAUCGGAAACAAUUUCGGAAUCAUUGUAUAAAUUUAUUUAUGACAUUAAAGACAAUUUUGUUUUGGCACCUCACAAUACAAUUUAAUAUUUUAUAUUAUUAAUUAAUGAUUAUUAAUUAAAUGUGUGUUUAAAAUUAAUUUACAGUUGCAUACAUAUGUACGUAUGCAUGUAGAAAAUAAUGUUUAACCUUGAAUCUUUUGUCAACAUGGCCUUGUGUGAGAAGAAUAGUUUUAUCAUCUGAAACCUUAUCUGCAUUGACUUUGUACACAAAAGGCAAAGCAUCAAUACAUUUUGAUUUGAUUUACUUUGAUGUGUAGUUUGGUAAGAAUUCCGGUGUCAGAAGGAUGAGAAAAUAAAUGUUCCUGAUCAGAAUGAUUGCAAUUAAAACUUAUUUAAGAAAAUUAUAAAGAAAUAUAUAAAGUGUCUCAAUCAGAAUAAUUUAUUGAAUUUGCUGAAUCAUUCGAAAUGGAAAAUUAUCAGUUAUCAGAUAAUCAAAUUCAAGAGUUGAAAGCUGCCUUUUCCAUGUUAGAUAAGAAUCAAGAUGGUAGAGUUAGCGCUACAGAAAUUAAAUUUAUGCUAGAUAAUUUUGGUAUCUGUCUAACAGAUUCCACAAUACAGCAUCUUAUACAGCAAGCCAGUGGAAAUAAUGACGGACUAAUAGAUGAAUCUGAAUUUCUUGCGUGGAUGGCAUCCCACCAGCAAGCAUUGAUGGACGAUGAGACCGAAGACCUCCUCGCAGCUUUUAGGGUGUUUGACAGAGACAGAAAUGGAUAUAUCACACGGGACGAAUUAAAAGUGGCAAUGGAUCUUAUCGGUGAGCCAAUGUCUGAACAACAGCUUGACGACUUAUUGGAAUUGAUUGACGUAGAUAAUGAUGGAAGAAUUAAUUAUGAAGAAUUUGUCAAAAUGCUCUUAUAAAAAUAAUUCUACAACAAAUUUUUGGAAGGAACUAAAAGCAAAUAGUUACUAUCAUUUGUUUUGGGUGCUUGUAUUGAUGGAAUAUAUAUAAAUUAUAAAAAAUUUUCU